AUGAUAACAAUAAAAAAGUGGGGAAGAGCCUUAAAUCUUCAGUACACUUUCAGUCCUUUCAAGGUUCAAAAGUUUUUAUCUUUUUUCUUUUCUUUCUUGUGUAGACACGGUUUUCUUCUUGGCGACCAAACUCCCUUCUUUCUUCAAUUAUUUUCCUCCCAUCCGCCGGGAAAUUAUGCUUUUCUUUUACGGCCGCUAGAAGGUGAAAAUUUACUUAAACACUUGAUAAAACACUUUUUGAAAACGCACGUGUUUGCUCCUUCUUCUUCUUCUCAAACAGCUUUAGCUCCAAACUCCACUUAUGGACUCCUUUUCAAACUUUCUUUUCUGGGGCUUUUUUCGAGAGGACUUCUCAAAACUUUCUCUGAAGGGGAAACUUGCCCUCAGCAACUUUGUUACUCAUGCAUCCUUCACUUAUGGGCAAACGCUGUCUGUCUUUUCAGAAGGGAGAGAGAAAACGAACCUCUUCUUUCUAAGCGGUCUCGUUUCCAACUGCUGUUCAGGUCCAGUCCCAGUUCUCCCUUCCCCUUCAAAGAUAUCUAUCUAUCUAUCUAUCUAUCUAUCUAUCUUUCUAUCUAUCUGUCUAUCUAUCUAUCUAUUACAGUCUAUUCAUAUCUAUCUACUAAUAUCUAUCUUUUACAGCCUAUUAAUUUCUAUGUAACUAUCUAUCUAUUACAAUCUAUUAAUAUCUAUCUAUUACAGGUGAAUAACGUAUUUAUUUUCUGGGAAUAUUUCCAUUUUGAUUUUAUUCUUUCUUUCUUUUUUCUUCUUUCUUUCGCUUUUUCUACGUAUUUUACUUUUCUUUCUUUGUUAUAUUUUUAUUAUUUCAUUCUUUCGUUGAUUUCUUUCCAUUCUCCUUCUUUUCUCUUUCACUUUAUUUUUCAUUUUUGCUUCUUUCUUUCUUUCUUUUCGCCUUUUUGUCUUUUUUGUUUCCUUUUCACUUAUUUUUUUCUUUCCGUCUUCAUCUUUUUAUUUGUCUUCGUUCUUUACCUUUGUUAUCCCUCUUUUAUCUUUCUUUCUCUCUAUCUCUCUUUCUUUCUAUCUCUCUUUCUUUCUUUCUUUCUUUCUCACUUUCUUUCUUUCUCUCUCUCUUUCUUUCUUUCUUUCUCUCUAUCUUUUUUCUAUCUAUAUUUUUUCUAUCUAUCUUUCUUUCUAUCUAUCUAUCUAUCUAUCUAUCUAUCUAUCUAUCUAUCUAUCUAUCUUUCUUUCUUUCUUUCUUUUAUCCCUUUCUAUUCUACUUCUCUUUCUUCUUAUGCCUUUUUAUCUGUUUUUUAUUUGUUUGUUUACUUCCUGCUUCCAUUUUUUCUUGCUUUCUCUUCCUUUCUAUUUUUUCUAUUUAUGCUUUUUUAUUUGUUUCUUUUCUUUGUUAACUUCUUGUUUGCAUUUUUCAUUCUUUUCGUUUUUUUGUCCUUUUCAUUUCCUUUUUACUUUUUCUUAUCGACUCUCCUUGCUUUCUCCUUCAUUAUAGUUUUCUUUCUUUAUGCUUUUUGCCUUUUCCAUUUUUUAAUUUUUUUCUUCCCUUUUCUUCUUUAUUUUUCUUCGUUUUAUCCGAUUGCUUCAUUUUUAACUAUCAUUUAUCUUUUUCUUUCUUUCUUUCUUUCUUUCUUUCUUUUAUUCCUUUGUAUUUUACUUUUUUUAUUGUCUUUUUAUUUCUUUUUUUUUUGUUUGUUUCUUUCGUUUUUUAAUUUGUUUGUCUGUUUCUUCUUGUUGACAUUUUACAUUCAUUUUUACUUUUAUGCCCUCUUCUUUUUCUUUAAUCUUUUUGUUUCUUUGUUUCUUUUCUUUUUUGAUUUUGUUUGUUUACUUAUCUUCUUUCCUUCUUGUUUACAUGUUUUCAUUCUUUCUCUCUUUCUUUAUUUUAUUCCCUUCCAUUCUUUUUUCUUUUUAUGA